CCAUCAGUAGUAUUUUGCAAUCCAUCGCAUCCAAGUGCUAUCAGAAAACGGUUCCACACGGCUUCCACAGUGAAUCUUGAAAGUUUUGUUUGAAGAUCUGUUGCAUGGCAAAAUUCCAAUGAAUCCCACAGAUUCGGUGCAAACCGUCAGCAACACUGACGAAGGGAAAGCUUUACACGUUUCGGAGUUUUAUCGCGAUUCCGUGGUUUUGGUGACGGGUAGUACCGGGUUUCUCGGUAAAGUGCUGGUGGAAAAGUUGUUGCGAAGCUUUGGCGUGAAGAAAAUUGUUCUACUCAUACGCGAGAAGCGUGGCACAAGCUCGGCGCAACGUUUGCAGCAAAUGAUUAGUGAUCCGAUAUUUGAUACAAUACGGGCGUCUGCAAUACAUCCCGAUAAGGUGUUUGCGAAGCUGGUUGCAAUCGAUACCGAUUUCACGUGCGAUGAGUUUGUGCGGGAACCCAACAGGUCUGACAUACUGAAAGAAGUACAGGUAAUAUAUCAUAAGGAUUAAAAUGUGAUUCAACAAAGUAAUACAGCUAUAUUUAAACAGGUUGUAUUCCACGUAAUGGCUGCGGUUC